UCGCCUGCCAAUUACGUGUGUUAUCGCUGUGGACAAGGCGGUCACAUCAGGGACUGUCCCACCCAUCAGGAUGAAAGUUUUCGGCCGCUGAAGAGGAGCUCAGGUAUCCCUCGUUCCUUCAUGAUGGAGGUGGAUGAUCCUAGUGUGGAAGGAGCCAUGGUGACCGCCACGGGGGAAUUUGUGAUUUCCACCAUAGAUGCUGAGGCGUACAGAUGUCAGAAGAAGGAGAGACCCCCGUUCCUUCCACAGGACCCACCCACCAACAAAGAGGAGGAGCCGAUACCUGAGGUCGUCUGUUGUCCCAUCUGUCAGGAGCUGCUUCGAGAGGCCGUGAUCGCUCCGUGCUGUGGAAACAGCUUCUGUGACCAAUGUAUCAGUGACAUUCUCCUGGAUUCGGAGCAACACAAGUGUCCAGCCCUCGUGGACAGUUACGUCAGCGGCACGGGAUAUUUUAAACGCCACACCUCCCUGGCAACAUAA